UACGGUCGCAUGCCUGAAGUCACCUGAUAGUGAGCAGGAUUUUAAUGGAGACAAUGCGCGCGUUAACGCCGUUUGUUUUUGGGACGCUGUUAUUAACGGUUUCUCUCGCUUGGCUGCUUGAUGAUGUUGGGGAGACACAGCAGGAGACAAACGGAGACUCACUUUGGCCGCUGCCACAGAAAUAUCAGACAAACCCGACUACAUUCAAACUCAGCGCUUCCAGCUUUCACAUCUAUCACGCUAAGGGGUCGUCGGCAGGACCGAGCUGCAGUCUGCUCCAGAACGCAUUCCGCAGGUAUUUUAAUUACAUCUUUGACAAUGUAAAGAUUCAUGGGAAGAACAAAAGGAAUGUGUUGGAUUCCGAGCUGACAGAGCUUCAGGUGCAGAUCACAUCUACUGACCCGGAGUGUGACGGGUAUCCGAGUCUAAAAACAGAUGAAUCCUAUCAGCUCUCAGUAAAUCAACCCACAGCUGUUCUUAAGGCCUCAAAUGUAUGGGGAGCUUUGAGAGGACUUGAGACCUUCAGCCAGCUGGUGUAUGAAGAUGGAUAUGGAGCUGUUACAAUCAAUAAGACGGACAUUUCUGACUUUCCUCGUUUUGCUCAUCGAGGCAUCCUCCUGGACACAUCCCGCCACUUCCUGCCUCUCAAAGUCAUUUUGGCCAAUUUGGAAGCCAUGGCGAUAAACAAGUUUAAUGUUUUCCACUGGCACAUUGUGGAUGAUCACUCCUUUCCCUUUUUGAGUCAGUCUUUCCCUGACCUCAGUCAAAAGGGAGCCUAUUACCCAUACACACAUGUGUACACACCGGCUGAUGUGAAAAUGGUGAUCGAAUUUGCUCGCAUGCGAGGCAUUCGAGUCAUUGCCGAGUUUGACACUCCGGGCCACACCGAGUCAUGGGGAAAAGGUCAGGCUGGCCUUUUGACCCCAUGCUAUUCAGGCACCACUCCUUCAGGAGCCUUUGGUCCAGUGAACCCCAUUCUCAACUCCACAUAUGAGUUUAUGACACGGUUCUUCAAAGAAAUCAGCACCGUUUUCCCUGAUGCCUACAUCCACCUUGGGGGAGACGAGGUCGAUUUCUCCUGUUGGAGGUCAAACCCUGACAUUCAGAAAUUUAUGGAACAGCAGGGCUUUGGCCAAGACUACAGCAAAUUGGAAUCCUACUAUAUUCAAAGGCUGCUUGAUAUUGUAAAAGCCACUGAAAAGGGCUACAUGGUCUGGCAGGAGGUUUUUGACAAUGGUGUUAAGCUGAAAGCAGACACACAGAUCCACGUGUGGAAGAUGAAGCCAGACUACAACAUUGAGAUGGCCAAGAUAACUGCAGCUGGGUUUCAUGCCCUACUUUCUUCUCCCUGGUACCUAAAUCGCAUCAGCUAUGGCCAAGACUGGCUAGACAUUUACAAGGCUGACCCUCAGAGUUUCGAAGGCUCAGCAGAGCAGAAGAAGCUUGUGAUUGGAGGAGAGGCAUGCCUCUGGGGCGAGUAUGUGGAUGCCACCAACCUCACCCCACGUCUAUGGCCACGGGCCAGUGCUGUAGGUGAAAGGUUGUGGAGUGAUGAGAGUGUGAAGGACAUCAGCAACGCCUACUCUCGCCUGGUCAAACAUCGCUGCCGUAUGCUUAGGAGAGGCAUCCCUGCAGAGCCUCUGUUUGUGGGCUCUUGUCCACAUGAAUACAAUGGCCUGUGAGCUCCACAACACCAGUUUUAGACCAGCAUUAUAACAUUUCUACAGGACCAUGCUGAUCAGGAAUGGCAAUCAUUUUUCUAUAUGCACACACUAGGACAAUUUUUCAUUGUAAAUGUAUCAGGUAUAUUUCAAUUCUCACCUCUCUAAAUUUGGGUUAAUUGUGUAACAUUGGUUUUCUUUUUAACACUGAAAUAACUGACACUGAAUAGUUAUCCUAUUGAUUAGUAAUUUCUGUGAAGAGGACUUUAAGCAUUUGAAAUACUUUAAUGUGCACUUUUUAUGUUUUAUAUUUGAGUAGGGCAAAGACAUGCUUGUAUGACAGGGAAACAAUUGUAACAAGCAUCUGUUUAUAAAAAGAAUAAAUAAAAACUUGAAUUAGUCCAUGAA